AUGCCCGCGCAUUCCAGGGGCAGCUCGCUCCUGGGCGCUGGUGCACCUGGCAGAUUAACCCUGCCCGGUGCCCACAUCUUGCCCACCCUGGCUGCCCAUCCAAUCUCGACGUCUGCUGCCGCCACACGUCCUCGUCGGUGCUCCUCACACCUUGGAGCACCGCGUCUACAUCGAGAAGGAUGGCGUUCCCGUCUCCCCUUCCACGACAUUCCCCUCUACGCCAAUGCUGAGCAGACCGUCCUCAACAUGGUAGUCGAGAUCCCCCGAUGGACCAAUGCCAAGCAGGAGAUCUCCAAGGAGGAGCUCCUCAACCCCAUCAAGCAAGAUACCAAGAAGGGCAAGCUUCGAUUCGUCCGCAACUGCUUCCCUCACAAGGGUUACCUCUGGAACUACGGUGCCUUCCCCAGACUGACCCGUCGAAUCGUACAGACCUGGGAGGACCCCAACCACAUCCACCCCGAGACCAAGGCCAAGGGUGACAAUGACCCUCUCGACGUGUGCGAGAUUGGUGAGCUUGUCGGCUACACUGGCCAGGUCAAGCAGGUCAAGGUUCUCGGCGUCAUGGCCCUUCUCGACGAGGAGGAGACUGACUGGAAGGUCAUUGUCAUCGAUGUCAACGACCCCUUGGCCCCCAAGCUGAACGACAUCGAGGAUGUCGAGCGCCACCUUCCUGGCCUCCUCCGUGCCACCAACGAGUGGUUCCGUAUCUACAAGAUUCCCGAUGGCAAGCCCGAGAACCAGUUCGCCUUCACUGGCGAGUGCAAGAACAAGAGCUACGCCAUGGACGUUGUCCGUGAGUGCGCCGAGGCCUGGGAGAAGCUCAUCUCCGGCAAGGCCCCUGCUGGCGAUAUCUCCACCACCAACGUCACUGUUGAGCACUCCAACAGCCGCGUCAGCCCCUCUCAGCUGCCUCCCCUUCCCGCCCACCAGGAGCUUGCCCCCGAGAAGAUCGACAGCUCCAUCGACAAGUGGUUCUUCAUCAGCGGUGCCUCUGCCUAA